AUGCCUGCAGAGGUUUCUGCGGCGUCGCCCGAGUACUUCUUCCUCUGCUCACCGCGCGGCAGCAGUGCGGGCGAUUCCGACAGUUCGGGCUGCUCCUCGUGGGAGCUGGUCGAGCUGGAGGGCUACGACGAGGGGCAGGUGCCGGACCUGCCGGUGAGUGCGCUGCAGAGCGCCGACGAGACGGCUCGCUUCGGGUGCUGGCCGUUCGGUCUCCUGGUGUGGUCGCUCUUCUCCUUGGUGAGUGAUCCUAUCGUGGAGCAGGACUCAGCUGACGAGGUCGAGGGUCUCGAGCUACAGAUGCCAGUGGAGCCAUGGUCGCGGCGCUUCUACCGCCAGAAUGCGACCGACGGUGUGGAGGUGCAGUUGGUGCGCCGCAAGAGUGGCAACGUGUGGGCCGUCAUCGGUCCGGACUUGACGCUAGGCCUGAUCUGUAUCACGGCGAAGACGUCCAUGUUCACGGACCCAGUGGCGGGGAUUCGGUGGCGGCCGAUGCCACCUCUUUCUGCAGCCCAGAGGGACGCCUACGUCAGCCAGGCGAUCGCGGUGAACGUCCUGUACGCCGUUUUCAGCUCGGGGGCUUCGUCACUCAAGACGCUGAGGUGGUCUUUGAGGAGUCCCAAGCGUUUCCUGGGUGUGCUGGCCGCGUUGUUCGUAUUGUACGAGCUGCUGGUGUUGCUGGGCGUGAUCGAGUAUAUGAAGGAGGUUUGGGUGUACACGAUCAGCUACCUGGUCACGGCCAAGGAUGCUUUCGUGGAGAGCUCGGAGGUCGUCCAGGAGUGGGCCACCUAUCUGUGGGAGUGGAAGGAGUGGGCCCAGAAGCUGAUGCCUCUUCAGCGUUGGUUUGCGAUGUUCUUGUCCCUGAUCCUUCUGACCCUCUGGGCGGCUCACGAGUGGUCGGACAGCAUGGAGUAUGGAGAGUCCUCUAUUGGGUCAUCCAGUGCUUCGAGUGUGGAUGUGCCCGUCGGUGCGGCUGCUUCGGUGCCUCCGCCCGUGCCGCCGCUUGGCUACCUGUCAAGCGGAGAGAGUGCAACGCUGGCAAGCCAGCUGAACGAUCUCGUGGAGUCCCAGACGGCCAUGAUGGAGGAAAUCAGCGAGAUCAGGACCGCCGAGAGGACGAGGGAGUUACGUCGAGAUGUACUCGAAGCUUCUCUGGACUCGCGUGGUCGUGCGGACGCCGAGGCCAACAAGCAGGUGAUCGAGGGCAUGAUUGCGCGGCUGGACCAGUUCGAGGCUCGUCUGAAGGGCGAGGCGCCUGCGGAGGCUGGAGCUGGCGAGCGUGGUGCUGCUAUCGAGGGGGCGAGUGCUUCGGCUUCUGCAGUCGCCGUGCUCGAGUCGCCCGCGAAGAGUACCCCCACAGUGGUGAUGGAGACGCCCGAGAAGCGAGUUGCCUCUUCGCAGCCGGAGGCCGUCGAGCUGGCCAUCAAGCGGAUGCGCUUCAAGGCUCAGUUGCCGCAGCAGGUGUUCAUGGAGCAGCUGGACGAGUACAAGGAGAUCGAGCCCGAGGAUGCCAAGAACUGGAAGUCGAAGGUGGACUGGGAGGCGGCGCGUCGCUUGGACCCCCAGCUCGCCGACGAGAGCACUAUUCGGGUAAUGAGCGCCGAGGAAGAAAUGAAGAAGGCCAUGGGUCGCGACGCGCAGCUGAUGAAGGCGCGCUCCGACCUGGACGGGGGUGCGGUGGUGCUGUUCGCUCGCCUGGAGCGCCCCGCUUCGACUUCUCGUCGGGUGCUGUCGCGCUGGAAGGAGGAGAUGGAGCUGGUGGAUACGGCGAAUCGUUCUCUCUUGGCUUUGCGUCAGCUCUACCGCGGGAGUCUGGGCGACAGUCUACUGGGCCUGGCCGACUGCUGGGGCCAGGGGAUCGUGCCCGACAACCUGGACGGGGACCUUUCUCGGCGGGUGCUGGGAGAAGUUCGUCGCCAGUCGCCGCCGUCGACUACGCCCUCACAAGGAGCCGCGCUCUUGCGGCUGCGUCCUGCUGCCUCGGCGGCGGGCCAUCAGUCCCAGUCCACCUUCAAACAGAGGGUGGCCGAACUUCGGAGGAGGAGUGCUGGCGGAAGUGGACGGCUGCCGGACAGGGGCGAGACGUUUCCAGCUCAAUGGGACCGAAAAUUGGAGAUGUUCAAGGAGGAGAUGUUGAGAGAGGAUGGCGAGGCUUGUGUUCAGGCCUGCGAGAUACGCAACUACGUGGACCCGCAUUUCCGCAAGAAGAAGGAAAUGUUACAGCUGGCCCGACGGAUGGCUUUGGCGGGGAUGUUGUGCCGCACUGCAGCGAAGGUGGACGAGGUCGGUCUCUUUUGCGUCGUGAAGAAGGCGGAGCUGGUGGGGAGCGAGCCCGAGGUGACCCUGAGGCUGGUGUUCGACCAGAGGCGCUCCAACAUGCGAUGGCGGUCUCCCCCGUGGUGUGCCAUGGGCGGCGUCAGUGCGAUGUCGUUUCUGGACGUGUCCGAGGAGAUGAAGGAGGAUGGCGUGACCAUGUGCUUCGGGACGGGCGACCUCCCCGACUUCUACUACACGCUGGAGCUGGGGGAGGAGCUGUCGCCGUACUUCGUGCUGCCCGGCGUGUCUGGGGAUGCGCUGGACUCGCUGCUUCCCGAAGGUUCGUCUCUGCCUGGGAGUGGGCCCUACGUCGGGGUAAAGGUUGCGUUGAUGGGCUUCUCCUGGGCGUGCUGGAUAGCUCAGACGACCAUGGAGGACAUCUUCAAUACUGGGCCUCAGUUCGGGCUUUCUUCGCUUUCAGGCGACCAACGUUUGGCCGAAGGCGGGCCGUUACCCCAUCUCAGUCGGGAUCUGCCGGCUGCGCACUACGAGUACAUCGACGAUUUCGGCAUCCUGGGCCUGGACUUCCCGACACGGCCUGGCCAGGAGGCGGCGACGACGGUGGAGGAGAUCUGUCUCGGUGCCAAGGAGUUGGUGGUGUCCGCGGGUUUCAAGGUGCACAAGGAUGCUUGCGCGGCGGACGCUCGUAUGAUCGGUGGCGCUCUUCGGGGAACUCGUCUGGCGCCGAACCAGGACAAGAUGUGGUUGGCGGUCUUCGGCAUACGGGAGAUCCUGAUCCACAAGUGGGAACUACCCGACACCAUCGCGCGGAUCGUUGGUAUCCUGUCCUGGGGCUUCCUGAUCUGCCGUGGUGCUUUGAGCGUCUUCGCGGACGUGUACGCAUGGUGCAUGGAGUUCCGAGGUGGAGCUCGGCGCGAGGUCCCACGGGAAGUGCUGAGAGAGUUGGCUGCGGCUGCGGCCUUGGUGCCGCUGAUCUCGGUGGACCUCUCGACGCCCUGA